GUUGGCAACGCUGUCCAGCAAGCGUUUGGGAUUAUGGCGAUGCGCAUGCAUACGUUAAAAUUUCGCCUUGAUUUGAAAAUGUCGUGUUCGUCGCCGCAUGUCCGCACAUCGGUCCGUCAGUUGCACGUGCGUUCGUGAAACCCACUUCGCGGCGCCGACAGCAGGCGGACUGUCGGUCGCCUCGUGCGUACUUGUGUUGUCACGACGCAAGCUCGAAGGGAGCUGUUGUACCGAAACCGUUGGAGCGGCGGCGACGUGGAAACGUGGUCGACUUGGGUGCCGUACGCGAAGACGAGUUCUUCCUGAGACAACGUCAUGGCGACUACGCCGUCGGGUACACCUCGCCAGCCGAAGCGCAAACCCAAAGGCAAGAACAGCGCUGUCGAGUUGGCUCUAAAGCAUGGCUACUCGCCGUCCAAGAAAGGCAAGACCAGGGGUGGCAACCCACCUGAUAGUAUCGCAUCGACGACGGUGCCGCGUACCCAAACAGCUUUUCCCCGCAAGCUGCAGUUCGCAUCGAGCAACUGGAAAGCUCUCCAGGAGAAGCUUCAGGUUCCUCCCAAAAACAAACAUGGGAUGUCCGAGAAGGCAGCUAACAGAAAGAAAAAUGCAGGCAAGGACUGCUCUACGUUGGCACCAGUCAAGAAGGAGGAAGUCUGGUUCGAUGGCGUCGACCCACUGCUGCUGGAACCUGAAAACGUGCAAACUGCAGGCCAGGCCAUUGGCCUGGAAAAGAAGGGCACCUACAACAAGCCCACUCGAGUGGUGGCCAUGGACUGUGAGAUGGUGGGUGUUGGUCACGAGGGCAAGGACUCCGUGCUGGCACGUGUCUCUCUGGUCAAUGUCAUGGGCCAUGUGAUCUACGACAAGUUUGUCAAGCCCACCGAGGAAGUGGUCGACUACAGGACUGCAGUGAGCGGGGUGCGACCAAGUGAUUUGGAGAAAGCUGAGGAUUUCAGUAAAGUCCAGAAGGAAGUGAGCGAAAUACUGAACGGUCGCAUCCUUGUUGGCCAUGCCGUGCACCAUGACCUAAAGGUGCUUUUUCUGUCCCAUCCCAAGCGACGAAUACGAGACACAAGCGCCUAUCGCCCAUUCCGGGCCAUGUUUGGCGGUCGGACGCCGUCUCUCAAGGCCCUCUCGGAGCGCAUCCUGGGAGUGAGGGUCCAGCAGGGAGAACACAGUUCGGUGCAAGAUGCACAGGCUACAAUGCGAUGCUACACCAUGUACAGAAAACAGUGGGAAGAGGACGUGCGGAACGGUCGGCGGUGGUUCGCCCAGCAGAAGCAGCUGCAGCAAGUGCAGCAGGAGUCGUCUGCAUGAAGGGACUGCCCUUUGUACACUUCGUUGUUGUCACCUGCGAGCUGGCAGUCUAUUUAUCGCUGUGCAAAUUAAUAUAACCUGUAUUUCAU